AUGUCAAUUAGUAAUCGAACUAAUAAUUAUGAACAACAUAAAAUUAUUUUUGCUGAUAGAAAUAGUAUAACACCAAAUGAAAAUGAUUUAUAUAUAAAACAAUUAUGGAUUGAUAUAUAUAAUGAAAAUUUAAAUGAAGGUGCUGUUCAAUCUAAUGGAACUAUUUUAUGGGAUUGUCCAUGUUUGGGUACACAAGCUAUUGGACCUUGUUCGAGUCAAUUUCGUGCUGCAUUUUCUUGUUAUCAAAAUAGUAACAAAGAACCAAAAGGUUCUGAAUGUAUGAUAGAAUUUAUGAAAAUGCAAAAUUGUUUUAUACAAUAUCCGAAAUUAUAUAACAAUAAUAAUAACAACAACCAUUCUAAUAAAAUCAAUGAAAAAGAAAUUGAAAUCAAAUCGAAUAUGACACAAAUGAAUCAUCCAGAAGCACGACGUCAACGUAUGAAUGAAGCAAGAAAAACAAAAGAAUGA